UGGGCCUUUUGUUUAAACUUUACAGUUGUUCGAGUAGGACGUGUGCGCGCUAAAGUGUCGUGGUGGAAAAAGUGUGUGAUAAGUGCAAAAUAAGCUGAAACGCGCAUGUGAGAAAUCAAAUUUAAUUGAGAAGCAUAAAACCGUAUACAUAUCCAGAGCCACGCAAGUGUUUGUGUGCGUGUGUGUUUGUGAGAGAUUUUCUCCGUGAAAAAUGCAAACUGAAUGAAAAUCAAGCCAACAAAUUGGAAACUGGAAAAAUAUUCGAACACAUUGGGGACAACCAGAGUUGUCUCAAAAAAGACAGAAGAACAAAGCCGCAUCAGAGUGAACUGCGUCGAGCGGGCAAACCAGCAGCAGAAGCCACAAGGAGAAGAACCAGAGCUCAUUACACUGAUUCGCGCGGCAGGGAAUGGUAUAUUUCUUGGGGGAUUGGGGCAUGGGAGAUUCUGACUUGUCGUCAUAUCAGCAGCAUGUUCCAAAUAUACAGCAGCAACAGCGCAUCCAUGGACGUGAUCUACAUCAACAGCAGCAACCGCAACAGCAGCAACAGCAGCAGCAGCAGGAACUGGUUGCCCAAAUCUCCACCAGCCUAAGCCAGUUGCAGUCUCAGCUGCAGUUCGCCAGCGGCUCCAACUUCCUACAGCAGCCAGGCUCCACGGCAACGUCGGUCUCUCCCUCAACACCCCAUCACCAUCAGCACCUUCCCCAGCAGCAGCUGCAGCAGCACCAUGUUGUUGACCCAAGGAGCACUAGCACCUGCACCAGCACAAGCAGCAGCCUGGUAACCGCCAAUCUCCAGCAGCUGUCGGUGAGCAACAGCAACACCAGCAGUUCCAGCAGCACUGGCAGUGUCAGUGGCAGUGGAAGUGGCAGCAACAACAACAUCAGCAGACAGCUACAGCAGCAGCCAUUGCUGGACACAGUCGCUGCUUCAGACGGAGUAUCUGGGGUAUCCGGCGGCUCCAAGGGCCAUCCAUCGUGGCUAAGGCAGAGCUCGGAGAAGUCCGUCGACGGCAAGCCAAAGCAAGCCUCCUCUCUGCUCGGCAAGGAUUCCCUUGAAAAUGAAGAUGAAGUGGCGCUGCAUCCGCUCUCCAAUCAGGUCGGAGGACACACUCGCCUGUUGCUGCUCAACCAGUCGACGGUGAUCAAGCCCCUGAACUUGCGGGAGUUGGACUUUUACCAGAACAUUCCGCAGGACAUACUGAAGUUUGUGCCCAAAUACAAAGGCGUCAUGCAAGCCAGCAGCAUGGGAGGCAUUAAGCUGGACAAGCGAUACUCGCCCAGUUUCCGGGAUGACGCGGCCGCCGUGCCCGUCCGCAAGAUGAGCGCCUCCAAGAGGAAGCGGGACGAAGUGCUUAGAAUGAAGGUCCACAAGAACGGCAACGCAGCCGACGUGAUCAAGAGCAUCUCCCAACUUGACAACUCCAACAAGCAAUACUUCCUUAUGCUCGAGAACAUCACCUCGCAGUUCCGCAAUCCCUGCAUUCUCGACCUGAAGAUGGGCACCCGCCAGCACGGGGACGAUGCCUCGGCGGAGAAGCGCUCCAAGCAGAUGGCUAAGUGCGCGGCCAGCACAUCGGGCUCCCUGGGUGUACGCCUCUGCGGCAUGCAGACAUACCAGGCCGAUCUCGAGCAGUAUGUCAAGCGGGACAAGUACUGGGGCCGCGAACUGAAAGAGGAUGGCUUCAAGAAGGCCCUUCAUGAUUUCUUCUACAACGGCUUCCGGCUGAGGAUCCGCGUGAUCCGCAAGAUCCUGCAGCGACUGCUCCAGAUGCGCAGAGUUAUUGAGAAGCAGUCCAGCUACAGAUUCUAUUCCUGCUCCUUGCUCAUUGUCUACGAGGGCUUCGAGGAGAAUCCGAUGGCCUACCCUCCAUCGAUCAGCCUGGAUGAGUGGCCGGAGGCCCCCAAGUCGGCGACCAUCGCGACAACGGCUUUCGACUAUCAUCCGGAGAACAGCAUAGAUGAUGACGACAUCGAAGACGAGGACGAGGCGGGAAAUGAGGCAGGCGACGAACUGGAGUCCCAUGACACGGAUGAGGACCUGCACCUGGUGGCUGCUGACAGCGGCAAUGCCUCGGCCACCAAUAGCAGCACGGGUGGAGAUGCCUGCAAUUACGAUGCUGAUGCAUCGAACGAUUCCAGCGGUCUUCUGAAUCUGGCCACUCGCCGCCAUCUGCACAAGCGCGGUUUUGGGGAAGCAGCGGCCCGAGGGGUCAAGCAGUCGUCGGCCAUCAUUACCACCACCGACGAGGAAGAGGAUGAGGAGCAGGCGCACCCGGCUGCUAUGCCACCGCCACGCAGCUGUGGCGUCACGGCUGACAAAUCGGCGGGCGCCAAGGUUCAGAGCAGCAGUGUGCAGCCCGCCCCCGCAUUCAUUCCAAUUUCCGAAGAGACAGUAUUCCUGGAUCCAGAGCCAGCUUUGCCCAACGUGGCCACCUCAUCGCCACAUUCCGGUGACUCCUGGAUGAACUACAGCAGCAACAGCAGCGAUGACUUCUCCGGCCUGUCCGAGCAGAUCAAGGCCGUGGCCAGCGGUCGACAGACAUGCAACAACAGCUCUGACGAUGCCAGUUCCGACUAUGAGGGCAGCGUCAUUGGAUCCACAGAGGCCAUGUUUAAGCGCUACAAAUCGUUCGAUGCGGCAUCAGCAGGCACCGGGACUGAGCCAACCUCUCCUCCACACACUGCCGGUAACUCGAGUGUCUCCAACGGCGGCACCGUCAAGUCUCUGGUUUCACCCGCCUCCUCCAGCGCCUCGUCCCUCAAAUCGGUAAAGGGAGCUGUCAAGCGUCUGCGCUGCAAAGACGACGACGAACACUAUGCGGCCCACGAUGACUGCGACUCCAGGGAGGCCAAAAAGUCUACGAUCACCUCGCCACCCGUCUCCACCGCCUCGUCGCCCGCAAAGACGGCCCCGCAGCGCAGCUGUGAGAACAUUGCGAACUCCAUGAUGGCAGGCAUACUCUUGGAUUCGCUGGAGCGUCGUUCCAGCGGCAGUGGCAGUGGGAGUGCCGGUGCCGGUGCUGAGGGGGAGAACAACAACAGCGGUGGCAUUGAGCCGCAACAGCUUAAUUCUGCACUGCUUCAGAAUGGCUCCAAGUCGCUGGACAUGUCGGCGCCACCUACAGACGACUCGCAGUGCUUUGUGGACGUUCGCCUCAUUGACUUUGCUCACACAGCGUUUGUGACACGCAAUGGCAGCAUGCUACCCACUCCGCCCGUGGCGCCCGUUCACCAUGGACCCGACGGCGGCUUUCUCACCGGCCUGGACAGCCUCAAUCGACUGCUCAACGAGAUACUGGCAGAGGACAGGAUCUAGACAGAGUUCGGUGAAAAGAAGUGAAAAGAAACAGGGAGUGGAAACUAGAGCGGAGAAAGGAACACAAGUUAAAAGUACAAUUUAAUUUCAAAAUACCUAAAUUGUUGUAGCAACAUGUGUUAAGUUAUGAAACUCGAAAUGUGAUUCAAAAGAAACCUAUUUAACCAGAUAUAGCCCCCCAAAAUGAAUGGAACCUCUUUUAACCUUUAACCAAGCAUAACCUUAAGAGCAGAGCAGAGAUUGGAACAGAUUUGGUCCCCUUGAUUUUUCAAAGCAUUUUCCAGCAAAGAACGCAACACACUACAAAAAUGAAAAAAAAACCAUAAAAAACGCUUCAAAAGUAGAUGAAAUGUUUAUAGAUUGAUAGAUUAAUUGAAUGUUCGUGCUUUCUGCAUUUCCAGAUCAGAAUUAAGCUUAAAAGUGUUCGAUGGAACUGAAUAUGAUUUAACCGUUUGUGAGAAUUCUUUAUGAAUAUACACCUAUAUAUGUAUUGUAUUUUAAGAGUGAUUAAGGGGCAUGCGGAUCAUGCGUUUUUGUAACUAGCUUUUACAAUACAAUGCAAAAUGACAAACCAACAAGAGUGUAAGGAACAGUAUUUCGUUAUACGAGAAUGUAUCUAUUGUAUGCUUUAAACUGAUUUCCAAUUUCCAAUGGUAGUGACAGUGUUUUAAAGUAAAGUGAUCUAUUAAAAUAACCACAAACACAAUAUAUAAGUUAAUUAAAAGAAUCGCUAUUAAUAUAUAAAUCCUGCAAAUAUUACUAUUACUUAUUGUGUAACUAGAGAAUUAAAUGAAAUAUAAUUCAUGUAUAUUUUCACUUAAGCACGUUUACAAAUUACAAAUGUUCUACGGAUUUA